AUGAAUGGUUGUCAAUUAUAUCUAUAUACAAGAGCAUUAAAUAUGGUUGAAAACAUACCAGCAUUGAUAGCGCGAAGAGGCCAAUUAAGGGCAGCGAUAACUAGAUUCUCAACUUAUAUACAAUCAGAAGGACGAGAAGUCGUACAGAUUGAGAUUCGUAAAGCAAAAAUAGAAGAGAACUGGUACGAAUUUGAAAAGAUACAAUCGGCAAUAGAAGACAACGAUGAAGAAAUUCGAAAUACAAGUGAACAUUAUCCCUACCGAAUAGAAUUUGAAAACUUGUACUUCAAGAUCAUGUCAGAAAAGCCGAGAUAA